CCCGGGACGUGCUGGGGCCCCUCCUGCCGCAGCCCCGGGCUGGGUGUGGAGGGCGGGCGCUGCCCACUGUUUGCCUUGGCACCCCCACCGCUGCCGGACAAACGCCGCGGAAGGGCCCUUGGAGGUUUUAGGUCCCCUCCCUGGCUCUUCUGCGGGCUCAGCAAACGGCACAAGUGGCACUCGGCAGCUGGAGUGGCCCCAGCCCUCCCCGGCCACCCGAGAUCCUAUAAAUGUCCCCGGGCCCGGGCUGGAAAAGGAACAGGAGCACACGGAGAGAUGGAGGACAGCUCUAAAGAGGCGCUGAUGGAGGAGGCACCUCCGAGGUACACGGAGUCCCCGCGCCUGCCCUGCAUCCCCCACGAGCUCAAGAGCCUCCUGCUGAUGGUGGCGCUGGUCUUGGUGGCCCUCGUGGUGGUCAACGUCACCUUCCUCCUGCUGGGGCUGCACCUCAGCGAGUCGCACGCCGAGACGGUGUUGCGAAUGAGCAUCCACGGGCUGGAUGGCGAGGGGACGGCCCAGGAGCUCGCCAUGAGCAAGAAGGAAAGGAGCGGCACGUUCGCCGUGCGGGACGGGCUCAACGGCUCGGCCGCGGUGGUGUACGACUACAGCAAGCUGCUGGUCGGCUACAGGUCCUGGCGCCACCGAGCCUGCUACAUCACCCGCGUGGACAAGGACAACUUCCCGGGGCUGGACGCUGUCACCGAGACCUUCCAGCGCCGGCAGGAUGAGGACGUUGGGGACAAGGCCGUGCCCCUGGCUGACCGCUCCAUCCUGGGCACCACCAUCAACAUCCUCUGCAGCGCCGUCCCCGUGUUCUGGGCGUAUGUCCCCACCUGUGCUCCCCCCGUGUCCCCAGCAAUGCCCCCCCAGUUGGGAGGAUGGAGGCAGCUGCAGGUGCCCGAGCUGGCAAAGGGACACGAGCCAGCUCUCGCCCUGGGCACAGCCACAGCCGGAUGCUCCACCCUGGAGGGUUUGCUUUGGCCCUGCCACCUCGCUCCUGGGCAGCAGAGAAGUCCCCGUGCCUGGGGACAAGGGUCCUUGACCCAGUGCCCUCGGAGCCUCUUGAGCUGCAGGUUCCCAGGGGGAUGCAGCUGGGAGUGGGCGCUCAGCAAACACCAGUGGAGUGGGUCACAUGCCAGGGCCUGGCUGCACCCCGGGGCCACCAAACCCUUCAAGGGGUCCCCACCCCAGUGCCCCAGUAUAAAGCUCCCAGUCCCUGCAGUCAGACUGGGCUGGGAAUGGGAGGAGGAGGAGGAGGAGGAGGCAGCAGCCAUGGAGAGCAGCAUGAAGCAGGUGGUGCUUGAAGAGGAGGACUCGGGGAACGGCUGCUGCUGCCCAGGCUGCUGCUUGCCCUGCGCCACGUGCUGCGCCAAAUGCUGCACCAAAUGCAGCUGGUGCUGCGCCAAAUGCUGCUGCCUGCCCAAGUGCUGCGAGUGCCCCAAGUGUCCCAAGUGUCCCAAGUGUCCCGGCUGCGCCAGCUGCUCCGGCUGCCUCAAGAAGUCGCUGUGCUUCGUCCCUCGGCUGCUCUGCUACCUGCCUCGCAAGCUGCUGAGCUGCGGCCGCCUGCGCUGCCUGCUGAUCGUGGUGGUGGUGCUGGUCCUGCUGGUGGUCAUCAUCGCCGGCGCCCUGCUGAUGUGGCUGAGCGUGGAGCAGCGCCGCGCCGACACCGUCCUGCGGGGCGGUUUGUGGGCAGGACCGGCCUGGGAAGAGGACGCGGCCACUUUCUACCUGGACAGCGGGGACGGGAACGCGGCCACGGUCAUCUAUGACUACAAGAAUCUGCUGGUGAGCUACAGAGCCCGGCUGCACCGCGCCUGCUACGUGACCCGCGUGGACAAGGACAACAUCCCGGGGCUGGACACCGUGGUCGAGACCUUCCAGCGCCGGCAGGCUGAGGAGGAGAUCUCCGUGCCCCUGGCUGACCGCUCCCUCCUGGGCACCACGGCGAGCAUCCUGUGCAGCCUCCUCCCUGUUUACUGGGCUUAGACCCGCGGGGUGAGCCCGCAGGGUGGGCAGGGGGGCUGCGGGACCCCCGCCCACCCGGCAGCACCCCCACAGCGCCAGCUUUGCCUCGCAGCGCCCCCGACAGGCGCUCCCCCGCUGGGAGCAUCGGCGGCUCCUCCGCGGCCGCCCCCGUGCCCCCCACCCAAAUUUUGGGGUGCGGGGGCUGAGGAGGGGUCAGG